GAGAUACCAAAUUGCCCAAAUUGGACCCAAAUUUGUGAAUUGAUGCUACGCCUGGGUAAGAUCUCUGACGACUGCCUGUCAUAUUCUCCACCGUCAUCAUCCUACGCCGCCACUUCCACAUCGGAGCCCUCGUUUUCCGCCGCCUGAAGGCUAUUUCCGUUGACUGGCAGCGGCAAUCGCCGGUAUGAAUCAGAACAUGAGGAAGAGGGAGCGGGAGAACCCUUGCGGCGUGUGCGGCCACUACCACAAGUACGAGGAAGGCGAGGUGUGCCAAAUCUGCGGCCACCGCAUGGCCGGCGUGGCGGAGAAGGUGUCGUCGAUCCAAGUCAGCGCCUUUCCUACUGAGAUCCUGCCCGAGUUCCUCUACCUGGGCAGCUACGACAAUGCCUCCCGGGCAGAGCUUCUCAAGACCCAGGGCAUUUCUCGAGUUCUCAAUACUGUUCCUGCUAUUCAAAACCUCUAUAAAAAUUCUUUUACAUAUUUCUGCCUCCAAGAUGAGCAUAAUUUACAGUUUGAUGAUGCAGUUGAAUUCUUAGAAGAAUGUGAAAGGGAUAGGGCACGUGUUCUUGUACAUUGUAUGACAGGAAAAAGCAGGUCCCCUGCUAUCGUGAUGGCAUACCUGAUGAAAAGUAAAGGAUGGAAACUUGCACAGUGUUAUCAAUGGGUGAAAGAACGGAGACCAUCAGUUGAACUCACUCAAGGUGUCUACCAGCAAUUGCAGGAUUAUGAACAGAAGGUGUUUGUCUCAGUCGAGAAUAGCAUCACUCUCAUGCCUGCCUUCACUCCUCCCGCCGCGCCUUCUUUCAGCUUUGGCUUCCCCAAGCCCAGCGAACCCGUGUCUGCUCCCACCUUCAACACCGCUGGCGCAACUUCCGUUUUCUCUGGACCUCGUCUCGACAUUCCUCCUCAGAAGUUCACUUUUGGUGCCGGGCAUACUCAGAACAAUGCGUCGCAAAACCUGCCUGUUUCGAACCAAAAUCCAAGUGAUGGUGAUAUAUCAAUGGAUGGCUCAUGAAGAAUGCUAAAGAAGGUAGCUCUUUUUGCAACUCAAAAUCCAAAUGACAGUGUUUGUGUUUCAUGGGAUGAUGAUGAUGAUGGGCUCAGUAAUACAGAGUUUCACAAUUUGGUUGAUACUUGAGAAUUUCUACAGAAGUUUGGAUGUAAAGUUGGUGGGGAUAUGUUUAUACAAUGUUUACUUAGUUUUAUUACAGACUUAUAGUGGUGCGGGAUUCGUUAUUUCAGAAAUCCAUAUGUUUUCUUCCCUAAUCUACCUGGGAUCCCGAUUAUAACUCAACUCGUUACAAUUACUAAGUAUUUUAUUCAUAUUACAAUUCAAAUAUUUGAACCAAA